GCGUUUCCACCCGGGAGAGGAAGCUGGGCGGCAGCUCUGGCGUCCAGGGCCUCUGCUCGCUGGGGAACCGCCCGGCGCGGAAACCAUGAGCGAGUCCGCGGGAGAGCGCGCCCGGCUCCGGCGCUAUCCUGAGCUCCCUGUGUGGGUGGUGGAGGAUCAUCAGGAGGUUCUGCCCUUUAUAUACCGGGCCAUUGGCUCAAAGCAUCUUCCUGCAAGUAAUAUAAGUUUUGUGCAUUUUGAUUCACAUCCGGACCUCCUUAUUCCUGUGAAUAUGCCAGCUGACACUGUAUUUGAUAAGGAAACACUUUUCGGAGAAUUAAGUAUUGAGAAUUGGAUUAUGCCUGCAGUUUAUGGUGGCCAUUUUUCUCAUGUAAUAUGGCUUCAUCCCACAUGGGCUCAGCAAAUCAGAGAGGGCAGACAUCACUUUUUAGUAGGCAAAGACAUGUCUACCACAACAAUCAGGGUCACAAGUACAGAUCAUUACUUCCUAAGUGAUGGUCUUUAUGUAACUGAAGACCAGCUAGAGAACCAAAAACCUUUACAAUUGGAUGUAAUUAUGGUAAAACCUUAUAAACUCUGUACCAAUCAAGAAGAAAAUGAUGCAGUGUCUUCUGCUAAGAAGCCAAAGCUAGCACUGGAGGACACAGAGUACACUGCCUCUGCCCAUGGUGAAUCUUGUUCAGAGGGACUGGAAAAGGACACAGUGAUGCAGAGAAGAGACCAAACUUGUCUACAACCAUCAUGUUCGUGUUCUUCUGAAAGCCAGGAAUGCCAGACUACAGUCAGCACUGGAGAAAUUCUGGAAAUUUUGGAGAAAGGAGAUGCAUUUAUAUUAGAUAUUGACUUAGACUUUUUUUCAGUCAAGAAUCCCUUCAAAGAAAUGUUCACUCAGGAGGAGUACAAAAUCUUACAAGAGCUGUACCAGUUUAAAAAGCCUGGUACCAACCUGACAGAGGAAGAUUUGGUAGAUUGUGUUGAUACCCGAAUUCAUCAGUUAGAAGAUUUAGAAGCUGCUUUUGCUGAUUUGUGUGAUGGUGAUGGUGAAGAAGCUGUACAGAAAUGGGCUUCAAAUGCUGGGAUGGAAUCACUAGUUCCACUUGUACAGAGUUUGAAAAAACGAAUGGAAGCUCCAGACUAUGAAAUGGUUCACCAGGCUGGUCUAACCUGUGAUUAUUCAGAACUUCCUCACCAUAUCAGCACAGAACAAGAAAUUGAAUAUCUUACUCAAUCUGUGUAUUAUGUUCUAAAAAAUUUACCAAAACCUACUCUAGUGACAAUUGCAAGGUCAAGUCUGGAUGAUUACUGUCCUUCUGAGCAAGUUGACACCAUUCAAGAAAAAGUCCUCAGUAUGCUACGCUCCCUCUAUGGGACUCUAGACAUUCACCUGGUGUAUUUAGCAGAGUCCACUCCAGCUUGAAACAUCACAACACUAGGCUUCUAUUACAUCUGAUGUCGUAACAAGAUUUUCAUUAACUUAUUUGCAGACAAGUCUUCCAGAGAACAGUUUGUUUUUAUAUUAACUUUCAGUUAAAAUCUUUCAGGUAUUUUGAAUCUCCAAACAUAUCACCAGUUGUUGAAUGAUGGCGGGUUUUUUUUGGCAUCAAGUCUACCCCCAGUUGAAGGAACCGUUGCUCAUCUUUCUUGUCCAUCACUGUCAUCUUCAGUUUUGUGAGGAUUUUUUCCUCUUUUCCCCUCUUACCCUUAGGUCAGUUGGACUGUAUGAGAUCCAUUCAUUUAUUCAUUCACUCAACCAGCUGACAUUUUUUGAGCACAUACAUGUGCCGGACAUAAUUUAAGUGCUGGGUCUAUGGUCACAAACAGACUAGACAAGGCCCCUGCCCUCUUGGACAGCUGAGAAACAAAUUAUGGAUUGUGAGGCGUGUUAGGAAGGAAAGGAGAACCGCAGACAUGUCUUAGGCAUUCUCUUAGUACUCAGGGCACACUGGCCUUACAGGAAGGUACCAUUCUCAAAAGCUACUACCAAAACAUAAUAAUAAUAGUAAACUUGCCAGUCCAUGAAAGUGUUCCAGGAAGUCUGCCUUUCCAAGACUUAGACUUGUGGCCCAGCUCUCAGCAGUGUUGGUAUUGAGGAGGUCUAUUUGAGUAAAUUUAAGUGAACAAAAAGUAACUUUUCUUUGUAACUUUUCUUUGCCAAUCAGAAAAACCCUGAAGGAUGUUUUGUGGCUCCAGAUGGUCAGUAUGGACAUCAAUUAUCAUGAUAGUUCCUGAGUGCCACUUCAUGGGCAGUCUGGAUUGAUCAUUUUUUCAAAUAAACCAGCUUUUUAUGUAAA